CGCAUUUUGACUGAUUCAAUCAGACACCCACAGGUACACAUAUAUAUACGGAGUUUUGUGUCUGUUUGUUCCUUUGCUGCACCUGUUUCGUCACUGACAAUGGCGGCCUCUGCUUUGGCUCUUAGAUCACUUUUUACAUCUCUUUCGAUCAACCAAACUGAUAAACCCGGUUUGCUGAAUGGAAAUCUCCCCUUGCUUUCUGGUUGCAAGACAUUAAUCCUCAGGAAGGGGAGUGGUUCCUUGGAUGGACAGAACUUCAAACUAAAUUGCUUGAGAGACAAAGAGAUGGAUAACUUCAAACUAAAUUGCUUGAGAGACAAAGAGAUGGAUGUAAGUGCUUCGGCUUUUGUCGACAAAGUUGCUGAAUGCUCAAACGAAACAGAAACUGUACAGAGCAGUGACCAAGGGGAGCCUAGUGUCUCAACGAUGUUGAUGAAUUUCACCAAUGAUUUUGAUCCUUACGAGGCAUUAAGCACACCUCUGUAUCAAACAGCAACUUUUAAGCAGCCUUCGGCUACAGAAUACGGGCCUUAUGAUUAUACAAGAAGUGGAAAUCCAACUCGUGAUGCACUGGAGAGACUUCUCGCGAAGCUUGAUAAAGCCGACCGAGCAUUAUGCUUCACUAGUGGAAUGGCUGCUUUAUCAGCCGUCACCCAUCUUGUCGGAACGGGUGAGGAGAUCGUUGCUGGUGAUGACAUGUAUGGUGGUUCUGAUCGUCUGUUAUCACGAGUAACCCCAAAAUCUGGAGUUGUGAUUAAGCGCGUGGAUACAACAAAUUUGGAAGAAGUUGCAGCUGCCAUUGGCCCCUGGACAAAGCUUGUGUGGUUGGAGAGUCCAACAAACCCACGCCAACAGAUAACUGAUAUUCGUAAAAUAGCUGAAAUGGCUCAUGCUCAUGGUGCUCUUGUAUUGGUGGAUAACAGCAUCAUGUCUCCUGUAUUGUCUCAACCUUUGGAACUUGGAGCUGAUAUUGUGAUGCACUCAGCAACUAAAUUCAUAGCUGGUCAUAGUGACCUCAUGGCCGGCGUGCUUGCUAUUAAGGGCGAAAGCUUGGCGAAAGAGCUAUAUUUCCUACAGAAUGCAGAGGGCUCAGGGUUAGCUCCAUUUGACUGUUGGCUUUGUUUAAGAGGCAUCAAAACUAUGGCCCUACGUGUUGAAAAGCAACAGGAAAAUGCACAAAAGAUUGCUGAAUUUCUCGCUUCUCAUCCACGGGUGAAAAAGGUCAAUUAUGCUGGACUUCCUGGUCAUCCAGGACGAUCUUUACACUACUCUCAGGCAAAGGGUGCAGGCUCUGUGCUAAGUUUCUUAACAGGUUCCCUGGCACUCUCUAAGCAUAUAGUUGAGACGACCAAGUAUUUCAGCAUAACCGUCAGCUUUGGUAGUGUGAAGUCCCUCAUUAGCUUGCCUUGCUUCAUGUCUCAUGCAAGCAUACCUGCUGAAGUACGAGAAGCCAGAGGUUUAACUGAGGAUCUUGUCCGCAUUUCUGUAGGAAUCGAGGAUGUCAAUGAUUUGAUCACUGACUUAGACAAUGCCCUAAGAACUGGGCCUGCUUAGAUUCUUUUAGAUUAACAAUGUUACCAGUAAUCUUGUGUCUUCAAGCAGAUGUGGAUAGAUCUUAUAAUCUGCCCCUAGCAGAAUUUAUUCGGAUGGAAACGUUAAUUUGUUGGUAUGAAUGAAACACCAGCUUGGAGCCUUUUGCAU